AUGGACUCCCCACGCAGAAACCGGAAUCGCGCUGCCUGCAGGCGAUGCCAACGAAGGAAGAUUCGCUGUGAUGGAAAUGAACCAUCUUGCAGCUCUUGCCUCAAGGCAGGGGCUCACUGUGUCAAUGAUGGAAGACAGGAGGUUCCUCGAAGGUACAUCUCGAAUAUGGAGAACCGGAUCCGGUGGUUGGAGUCGAUAGUCAAGGAAAACUGCGCCCAUAUUGAUCUUGGCCGUGAUGCCGAGAUAGUGGCGGAGGGUACAAUGCAACAUGAUGUCGCGGACAUGUCUGCAGUAUAUCACUCUGGAGGUGUGACGGCUGGGGACCCACAGCAAAUACCCCCUGGAGACAUCGAGGGGCCAAGACACUCGAGCAACGAGAACGGCGCGCCAAAUGCAUUACAUGAACAUCAGUCUUUGGAUCAGUCACGCGUAACCAGUAGCCAACACCAGCAAGCACAUGAGAUCGGCCUGGUAUCAUUAUCCUCUGGAGGAGGUCCUCGAUACAUCGGACCAUCCAGUGGGUAUUUCUUCGCAAAUCGUAUCUUCUCGAGCACCGGACGCCGCCGGAAAUCAAAGGGAACAACAAGGGCGACAGCAGGUUCAGCACAGCUGUCGGCUGAGUUGUUGAAUAACCUCACUCUGUUACCUGCGCGAAAGGAAAGCGCUGUGGAGCUCUCAAUCAAGUACUUUCGAACGGUCCAUCUCACGUAUCCGUUCUUGCAUGAGCCGACCCAUAUGUCUGUGAUUGACCGAGUCUAUGCAUCACAAGAAGAGAAUCCCUUGGAUCUCUUCCAGGUUUACAUGGUCUUGUCAAUUGCGGCAUUGGCCCUUUCUCGCGAAUGCAAGGUACACCUUCCGGUGGAGGGUUACUAUGCAUCGGCAAUGAGGUAUGUCGAGCAUGUUUGUGCAGAUGGGUCGAUGACUGCUCUGCAAUGCUUAUUGCUGCUCAUGGUUUAUGCUCUGCAUAACCCGUCCUCCGAUGUCAACAUCUGGAAUCUGAACUAUCAGUGUCUUGCGAGCGUGAUAGACCUAGGCCUGCAGCGCGAUGUCCGAGCUUCUUCCUCACUCCAAAUUUCUGUCUUUGAGCAGGAGAUGAGGACACGCGUUUUCUGGGUGGUAUACACGUUUGAUCGCGCCAUAUGUACGAUGAUGGGACGGCCCAUCGGAAUCAGAGAUGAGGCGUGUGAAAUGAGGUUCCCGCUUGAUAUACCGGAUCACAAUCUCGUCAACCCAGACAUUAGCCAGCAUCCACCUGUAGGAUCACUAUCACACAUGGCGCACGCGAUCCAUCUGUUCAAAUUGGCCAAGAUCAAUUCAGAGAUCAAAUACGUCAUGCACAGCAUCCAGCGUGAUGUGCCCGCAUACGCAUACCCGCCAGUGAGAGACAUAUUCACCUGGCAGCGGGAUAUUGUCAACUACUUGCAGGAUUGGCUAUCAGAAAUCCCGCAACAAACAAGCAGUGGAGAAAAUGGAAUGGGCAAGGUAUGUAAGAUCAAGUAUCAUGAAACGAUGAUCUUGCUGCUACGUCCCAGCCCUGCAAUUCCACAUCCAGCAGAUGAAAUCCUUGAUCUAUGUUUUCAUCAAGCCGUUGACCUCCUCCAAGGGUUUGGCGACCUAUACAGAACGGGCAGCCUACUCUAUAGCCGACUCCUUGUCCACUCAGUCUUCCUCGGGGCUUUGGUAUUACUCUAUUGUAUCUGGAAACUGCCUCGAACCACUGCCAAGGUUCGCGUGGAUGAAUUAGUCUCGAACCUCACGGUGGCGCAGAACAUACUCAGCAGCAUCGGGGAACACUGGACCGAGGCUACUCGAGCGCGUGAAUGCAUCGACGAGUUGUCUAGCGUGACAAUCCAACGGCUUCUGAGUCAGUCAACAACUGUUACAUCGCGUUCCGCUGAAACAGAGACGCAUUCGCGGGCUGGCGCGAUUCAAAUCACAUCAGCCACGUCCCGUCAACCGCCAGAUUGCCAUGUUAGCCAGAACCAAGCCUUUUCUGGAGUACAUGGCAACUCCAAUGCAGAGGUCAUGCCUUUGGUCCAUCAGGAAGGAAACCUGCCAGAUGAUGCUUCGUACCACCUAAACCUCUUCGAUGACCUCUUGCAGGGCGAUUUCCAGGGCUGGAGCGGGAUGUCCGAUAUUGAUGGGCUCAUGUGGGAGAUUUUCAGUACCUCCCCGCAGUGA